AUGGCUCUGCCAACAUUCAAGACUGAGCCCAUUGCUAUUGUUGGAAGCAGUUGUCGCUUUCCCGGUGGUGCUAAUUCGCCAUCUAAGCUAUGGCAACUUUUGAAGAACCCCAAGGAUGUGUUGGUGAAGAUACCUCCUAGUCGGUUCAAUCCAGAUGGGUUUUAUAAUACGAAUGGAGAACACCACGGGAGUACAAAUGUAUUGCACUCAUAUCUCCUAGAAGAGGAUCAUAGAGAGUUUGAUCAUAAUUUCUUCAAUAUCCACCCCAAAGAGGCAGAGUCCAUGGACCCACAGCAACGAAUGCUGUUGGAGACAGUAUAUGAAUGUGUUGAAGCUGCGGGAUACUCCAUUCAGGGACUGAAGGGCUCUCAAACGGCCAUUUUUGUAGGCCAGAUGACGCAAGACUACUCAGAUCUUAUGCUGCGUGAUGUGGAUAGCGCGCCCCAGUACGCUGCUACGGGGAUUUCAAGAGCCAUCCUUUCCAAUCGAGUCUCGUACUUUUUCGACUGGAAAGGCCCAUCAUCCACGAUAGAUACAGCUUGCUCAUCAAGUUUAGUAGCUUUGCAUCACGCUGUGCAAACACUGCGAAGUGGAGAGUCAUCACUGGCUGUGGCAGCCGGCGUGAAUCUGAUCCUUGGCCCAGAUCCAUACAUUCUUGAGUCCAAGCUUCACAUGCUAUCCCCAACGGGCAGAUCACGCAUGUGGGAUGCCGAUGCCGAUGGCUACGCCCGUGGCGAAGGGUUUGCAUCGAUCCUCUUAAAAACUCUUAGCCAAGCCAUUAAAGACGGUGAUCAUAUCGAAUGUUUGAUCCGGGAAACGGGCGUCAACCAAGAUGGACGUACAUCAGGCAUUACGAUGCCCAGCUCAAUAUCCCAGACAGCUUUAAUCAAGUCCACUUAUACGAGAGCAGGCCUUGACUUUAACAAAAAGACAGAUCGCUGUCAAUAUUUCGAGGCGCACGGUACAGGAACCAUGGCCGGAGAUCCAAUUGAAGCAAGGGCUGUCCGAGAUGCUUUCUUUGGUGCGGAUGAAGAAGAAGACAGUGCCAAUGCAGCUGAAUUAGAUGAACCUCUUUACGUUGGAUCUGUCAAAACAGUCAUUGGCCAUUUGGAGGGCACGGCAGGAUUGGCAGGAUUGUUGAAAGCUUCACUUGCCGUUCAGCACGGCGUUAUCCCGCCUAACAUGCUCUUCAACAAGCUCAACCCAGCAAUCUCCCCGUUUUAUACUCAUCUUUGCGUACCAACCCAGGCCAAGCCAUGGCCUAAACUGCCCCCCGGAGUUCCAAGGCGUGCCAGUGUCAAUAGUUUUGGCUUUGGAGGCACCAACGCGCAUGCAAUUCUAGAGCAUUGGCCAUCAAGGGGGUAUGAUAGAGCCCUUCAGAUCCCUUGUGGCCCGUUCACUCUGUCGGCCAAUACAGAAAAGGCUGUGAGGGCCAGAGCGCAAACUCUUUCCGCGGCAUUAGAAUCUGGGCAGGUAACAGAUCUCUCGGAUAUGGCAUGGACGCUGCAGACUCGUCGCACGCAGUUUCCGCAUAGAAUAUAUAUCUCAGCAUCUAACCAAGAAGAGCUUGUGAAGAAGCUAAAUGACGUGGCAAGCCAAUCAGCUUCCACAACUACCAGGGCGAUUCAUGUGACUGAGGAUCUCCCAGCAAGAAUUCUUGGAGUAUACACUGGCCAAGGUGCGCAGUGGCCCUCUAUGGGUCGACGUCUCUAUGAGAAGUCAAAGAGGUUCAAGCAGACAAUUGAUGAUCUUGAAAAAGCACUCAGCAAUCUGGCUAUUCCGCCCUCUUGGUCAUUAUCUGGCGAGCUGGUUGCAUCAGCUGAAGACUCUCGAAUACAUGAAGCUGCCAUUUCGCAACCGCUUUGCACUGCUAUUCAAAUCGCGCUGGUCGACUUGCUUUAUGCCUCUGGAAUUACGUUCAGCGCUGUUGUGGGACACUCGUCUGGAGAAAUCAGUGCGGCCUACGCUGCUGGACAUCUCAAGGCUGCAGAUGCGGUGGCCAUCGCGUAUUAUCGCGGAGUAUUUGCCCAUCUUGCCGGCGGACCAGAUGGACGGAAAGGAAAGAUGAUGGCAGUUGGGAUGAGUUUUGACCAAGCUCUUUUCUUCUGCAAAGAAGCACAGUUUGCAGGCAGGAUCCAGGUAGCCGCAAGCAACUCUCGAUCCAGCGUGACCUUAUCUGGAGAUGAAGACGCCAUUGAAGAGGCCAAGCAAGUCCUGGAUGAGCAGCAAACUUUUGCAAGAGUGCUGAAAGUGGAAAAGGCGUACCACUCACAUCAUAUGCAACGCUGCGCACAGCAUUACCUCGAAUCGCUCCAGAAGCUUGACAUUCAAAUUCGAGCCGAUCAAUUAAAGUGUAAGUGGUAUUCAAGUGUUUAUGGUUCAAAUGGUCGCAGCAUUGAGGAUACCGAUGCUUAUAAAGCCUCAUAUUGGGUUGACAAUAUGGUUAAGCCGGUGCUGUUUUCCCAAGCCAUCGACAGAGCCGUGGUCGAGGAGCAUUGCCACGAUAUUGUGAUGGAAGUAGGGCCGCAUCCUGCAUUGAAGGCGCCGGUGUUGGAGACACUUAAGAACUUGACAGGCUUGGAUUUACCAUAUUCGGGCGUUCUUAAACGUGGCCAAGAUGAUAUGGAAUCGUUUUCAGAUGCUCUGGGCUUUAUCUGGUCAAAUUUCCAUACACCAACUCCCAUUGUUGACUUUGCCGGAUUUAGGAGAGCCUGCCUUGGAGAUGAGGCAGGAGAAAGUAUAACCCUAAAAGGCAUUCCACCCUAUCCUUGGGAUCAUGACACCAAGCUGUGGAAAGAAUCUCGCAAGUCUCGCAACUAUCGCUCCCGCAAGAACCCCAUGCACGAGCUUUUGGGCUAUGCAACCACACAUGGCAACAACAGCGAGGUGAUUUGGCGUAACGUGAUGAAAAUUAAAGAAAUGGAAUGGCUUAGGGGCCACAUAUUCCAAGGUCAAGUGCUCUUCCCUGCUGCUGGAUACGUAUCCAUGGCUUAUGAAGCGUCGAUUCGACUUGCGGCCGGUGAGACUCAAGUCCGGCUUGUCGAGCUUGAGGACCUUGUGAUUCAUCGCGCAAUCACACUCGAAGAUGAGUCGAGCGGCACCGAAGUCACUUUCACAAUUCGAGUCAAAUCUCAAACCUCAGAUCAGAUCACAGCUGAAUAUUCGUGCUACAGUUGUAAAGUGGAUGGGGGUUCAGAGCUUCCUGAUAGCACCAACUUCACAGGGCGUGCCAUCAUCCAUCUUGGAACGCCCCGUCUGGAUUCUCUGCCGUCCAGAGAAGCUCCAAAGCUGCCAAUGAAGCCUGUUAGUGUCAAUCGUCUGUAUUCCUACAUGGAAGAGGUUGGCCUGCGUUACACUGGCGAAUUUGUGGUUGAAGGUGUAGAGAGAAGGCUCAACACAUCUACGGUCAAACUACAGCGCUUGGAUAAUUCUAAAACAAAAUUGCAUCCUGCCACUCUCGAUGCUGCGUUUCACGGGAUCUUCACUGCGCUGGCAUUUCCUGGAGAUGGCCAACUAUGGACUCCAUAUCUGCCAACUAACAUACGUCGCGUCCGUAUCAAUCCCGCAGCACUGGAUGCCCCUGUAUCCUCAAGCGACAUAUCAGAUCUAGUUGCAGACUGCUACCUCACAAACGCUAAUUCGAAAACGAUUUGCGGCGACGUAAAUGUCUCGUCGUCGACUACUGGAAUCACACAAAUCCAGCUGCAGUCUCUGACAUGUUCGUCAUUCACAAAGGCAACUCCACAGAAUGACCGCAAGCUGUUUGCAAAGACAGUUUGGAUGAGAGACAUUAGCAGUGGUAUCGAACCUGAUAAAGUCCAGUAUUUGAGCGAAGAAGAAGUCGAUUAUGGAGACAUUUGCGAGCGUCUUGCAUACUUUUAUCUGAGGAAGCUUCGCAAAGAAAUCUCGCCUGAAGAGAUUCCUCGCAUGGAUGAGCACUUUCAGAUUCAGAUUGACUGGAUUCUCAAUUAUCUGCUUCCUAAAAUCGAGGCUGGGAACCAUCCUCGCAUUAAGAAAGAGUGGGUUACUGACACCGAAGAAGAUGCGCAUAAAUGGAUGGCAAAGUAUUCUGGAAAGGUAGAGCUGCAGAUGAUAUCGGCCUUGGGCGAGGUUCAGCCUUCGAUCUUGCGUGGACAACUACCUGCGCUGCAAGUCAUGAUGCAAAAAGAUAUGCUCACUCGGCUGUACGCUGAAGCAGUUCCCUUUCGACAGACGUAUAGCCAUCUCAUCACGGUGACCAGUCAGUUGGCUCACCGUUAUCCGCGAAUGAGGGUAUUAGAGAUUGGUGCUGGUACUGGUGGUGCGAGUAUACAUAUGCUCAAAGGUCUCGCUGGCCAUUGCCAUUCUUAUACAUAUACUGAUAUUUCUGCCGGUUUCUUCGAAGCUGCUCAAGAACGUUUUCGAGAGUACUCGUCCCUCAUGGAGUGGGCAGUUCUGGACAUUGAACGCGAUCCAUGUGAGCAAGGAUUCGAGAAGCACUCGUUUGAUGUCAUUAUGUCCUCAAAUGCCCUACACGCUACGAAGUCUUUGGCCCAGACACUGACACAUUGCCGAGCUCUGUUGAAGCCCGGAGGUUUUAUGAUCCUUAAUGAAGUCACGAAUGACGGCGUUCUGCCGCAAUUCAUCUCAUCUCAUUUACCGGGUUGGUGGCUUGGACGCGGAGAUGGGAGACUGUACCAUCCUACUGUUGACGAAUCGCGCUGGCACCAAGAGCUGUUAGCUACUGGAUUCUCUAGUGUGGACGCUGCAUACAGAGAUUAUCAUGAUCCCAAGAGAUAUCUAGCGUCUCUCAUCGUGAGUCAAGCAGUUGACGAUCGCAUCAGCCUGUUACGCAGCCCCCUGUCCUCAAAGGAGAACAUUCCACGAGUAAAACAUUUAUUUAUUGUAGGAGGCGAGUCAGACGAAGUUCAAAAUUUGGUACGGAAAGUUGAGCCUCUUUUCCGGCACAUCGCAUUGACGGUGACUCUUGUUACGACUCUCGAGGAAGUUGGAGAAGUUAUACCUGGAUCAGCCGUGCUUAUUCUUUCUGAGCUGGAUAAACCAACAUUUGAACAAAUUACUCCUCAAAAAUUUCGUGGCAUACAGCUAAUUCUCCAAGAUGCCAAAUAUGUCUUGUGGGUAACUCAGAAAUGCCGUGACGAUAAUCCAAUGUCAAAUAUGGUUGUUGGCCUUGGAAGAUCAGUCUUGCACGAGUUACCGGAUCUUCGGCUUCAGUUUCUGGAUAUCAACGCUGCCCAAGCAGGUGCUGUGGAGCCUUCGCUAUUUGUCGAGACGAUGCUGCGUACGAUCUGCUUGGAUUCUCCAGAAUUCGACGGGAUUCUCUGGCAUGAGGAGUGGGAGUUAUCCAUUAAUGGAGACGGGCUUUAUAUCCCAAGGAUUGUUCCUGUUGAGCACAUGAAUGACCGAUUAAACUCUACCAGGAGAGACAUCGUCAGCCCUGUUUCUCUUGGAGAGGUAUGUAUUGAGCUUGGAAGGUCGAAUGGCUCUCGAUCCUUGCAGCAGGUCCGAAGUAAAAUGGAGGCAACCACAUCGACCGAUACAGUACAAAUUCGAGUCCAUUAUUCAUCUCUCUUGCCUAUUCAGACCAGAGAUAACCUUCUUUUACACUUGUGUAUCGGAUCUAUUGGCCAAAGCAGCCAAAUGGCACUUGUGUUCUCUCCCCAUGCCCGAUCAAUUGUGGACGUGCCCAAAGUAGAAGUACUGCUUCUCCAGCAGCAGUUUGCUACCUCGUCAGAUGCCGAAAGACUCAUGGCGACCAUAAUUGCGGAGAGUAUCGUACAAAGCAGCCGAGGAAAUAUUUGGAUCCACGACUCCGAUAUACCACUUGCUAAAGUUAUCUCUACAGUCGCUGGAAUGCGAGGGCUUGAUGUGUUCUUCAGUACAUCAUCCGAAGCGAACUCGCAGUCGAAUUUCGACCAAGCUUUUAUCCAUCCAUAUGCGACAGAAAGAGAUGCACGAAAUAUUAUUCCAGCGGAUAUCCAAUCAUUUGUGAACUUGGGGAAGUUCAACAGCGUGCUCCAUCGCAUCGUGUUGUCUUCUCAGCGCAUUAAUCAGCUGGCUAUUUAUGACGAACACUCUAUACAUGGUAGAUUCACCAAGAAAGACAUGGCGGAUAUUGCGAUUCGGCAUAUCUUGUCUCUUUCGGAUGAUCUUGGGCAUCACCAAAGCGCUAUUCCUUUGGAUCAAGUUAUGGAUAUGCCAUCUCUGCCCGAGACUCCCACUGCAAUGAUUAGCUGGCACAGCUCAGACAGUAUGGAUUUGAAGAUCAAUCCUGUUGAUCCCAACGACCUAUUCUCAGCAAAUAAGACAUAUCUUCUUGUGGGACUAGCCUCUGAGCUCGGGCUGUCUCUUUGUGAUUGGAUGGUCACACACGGAGCACGCAACAUCGUGGUGACAAGCAGAAAUCCUGGCAGAGUGGACGCAGAAGUGUUGAAGCACUUGAGGCGCAAGGGCGCUAAGAUCAAUAUCUUUGCCCUCGACAUAUCGGACAAAGAAGAGCUACUCAAGAUCUAUAAGGAAGUAUGCGACACAAUGCCACCUAUCGCCGGUGUUGCUAACGCUGCGAUGGUGUUGAAUGAUAAGCUGUUUAACAACAUGACCUUGGCCGAUUUCGAGGUGGCACUCAAGCCCAAGGUGACGGGAACUCAGAAUUUAGAUGAUAUUUUCUAUUCUACGCCGCUUGACUUCUUUAUCUGCUUCUCGUCACUCACAUGCGUGAUGGGCAAUGGAGGUCAAUCCAACUAUGCCGCUGCAAAUAUGUAUAUGCACUCGCUUGUACGCCAAAGAAAGAAGAGAGGCGUUUCCGCUUCAAUCAUUGACAUCGCAUUCUUGCUUGGUGUGGGCUUCGUCGCGCGCAAUCUUGAGCAAUACGAAGAUCAUCUGAAGAAGGUCGGGUAUAUGAGAAUGUCAGAGCCUGAAUUUCACACAGUCUUUGCCGAGGCUAUUGUGGCUGGAAAAUCUACUUCUGAUGAGGAUCCAGAGAUCAUCAUUGGUAUUGGCCAGGCACCAAAUGCGCCUUGGUAUACUAAUCCGCGUUUCGCUACCUAUGUCCCGCAUGAAAAUACUACAGAAAACUCUGAUCGUGAGCAAGUACAGUCUUCUGAUAGUGUCCAAGGGAGACUGGCGGCUGCUGGAAGUGGAAAAGAUGCUUUGACUGUCUUGCAGAUCGUUUGCGCCGAGAAAUUGGCCAUGAUUCUUCAAGUUCACUCCGAUUCAAUUGAUCAUGCGGCACCUCUACUCAAGCUGGGAAUUGACUCUCUGGUAGCAGUCGAAAUAAGAUCAUGGUUCCUGAAAGAAGUCAAUGUUGAUAUGCCGGUUCUCAAGAUCCUGAGCGGAGCUUCGCUGGCCGACAUUUGUCAAGAUGCUUUGGUGAUGCUUCCGCCAACUUUGGUCUCGUCAGCCAAUGAAGACUUGAUUUCUUCUAAUGUUGCGCCUAAGGCCCAAAAUCAUCAAGCUCCGACUGUUGCAGCAACCUCAAAGGAAACUCAGUUGUCUAUACCACCAACCACGGUAGCCUCCAACUCUGAUCGAGAGGGGGACUCAAGCACUGAGCUGUCAACGGUAUCCCCUAAACCUUCCUCAGUUUCAGAAGAAACGUUUGAAGAUCGCUCAUAUGUGCGAAUGGGAGAAAUGACUCCUGGUCAAAGCCGUCUGUACUUUCUUCAUGUGUAUUUGGAAGACAAGACAACGUAUAACGUGACCAUGUCUGGCAAGCUAUCUGGUCCACUCAAUAUUGACAACUUUAGCAACGCACUUGACGCUCUUUCUGAGAAACACGAAGGUCUCCGAACUUCCUUUUACUUGGAUAGUGCCAGCGGAAAAGCCAUGCAAGGGGUGAACAGGAGAUCAAGCAUCAUUUUGGAACAUGCUAACAUCCCUGGUGACUCAAGUGUCAAGAUACAGGAAUCUCUUGAUGAUAUGAAGCGCUUCAAGUUUGACCUGAACCGCGGUAAAUGGAUGAAGAUCAGAAUUCUUUCUUUAUCUCCAAGCGAUCAUCGCAUCAUCUUCACGUUUCAUCACAUUGCACUUGAUGGCGUUGGUUGGAGCAUAUUUCUCAAAGAUUUAAACGAUGCCUACGCAGGCAAAGGAGUCAGAACCCCGAGGCAGCAAGCAAUCGAUCUUUCUCAAAAGAUGCAACGAGAGGCCGCAAGUGGAACCCUUGCAGAAGAUUUACAAUUUUGGAAGGACACAUAUGAUAGCAUUCCGGAGCCAAUGCCCCUAUUUCCAACCUCCAAGGUCCAACAUCGACAGCUGCUCAAGAGUUACGAUACGGAGACUUUGGACCUCAUUCUACAGAGGCCACUUGUUCACCAGAUCAAGCAAGCAAGUGCGGAUCUUCAGCUGACGUCCUUUCACUUCUAUCUCUCUGCCAUAGCUGCGUUCGUCUCUAAAUGCCUAAAUAUCGGCGAUUUCGCUGUUGGUAUACUGGACGCAAACCGAACUAGUGCUGCGGAUAUGACUACAAUUGGAUACUUUACCAAUUUGCUGCCGCUACACUUUAAGACGAAUGCUAGCGAAAGCUUUGCAGAUCUUGCCGUCCGAACCAGAGAUAUCACGUUGGCCGCCCUAAGCCAUUCGCGAGUUGAUUUUGACCAGAUUCUUGACACACUGAAUAUUUUUAGAUCUGGAGACCAGAAUCCUCUAUUCCAGAUCGCCGUGAAUUACCGGUUAGGAGGUUCAAGGACUAUGCCGCUGGGAGAAUGCGAGAUCCAGUGGACCUCAACACAUGAUGCGCGAAAUCCCUAUGAUCUUAUUAUAGACAUCUCAGAGAUUGCAGAGGGCACAAUCAUCUCAUUCACAACCCAAAGCUACCUCUACAGCACUUGUGACACAGAUAUGCUCCUCAAGUGGUACACUCAUACCCUCAAGGAAUUUGCUGCCGAUACGUCGAAAUUGGCAUUGGACUGUACUCUUGCUCCUAGCACGGAUAUUCAGCGCGCAAUCUCAGUAGGCCGUGGUAGUCGCAUUGAUAUAGAGUGGGACGCUCCAACACUGGCUCAUAGAAUCAUAGAGAUGGCAGAAACAAGUCCGACUUCUAUGGCGAUCAAGGAUGGAUAUAGUCGACAACUGACUUACUCUAAUAUGAUGCGCCGCGUGCAGCAGUUUGCCGAACACCUUAGUAACUUGUCUCCAGGAUCAUACGUUGGAGUCCUUCUGGAACCUGCGGCCGAUACUAUCUGUUCCUUGGUAGCUAUCAUGAUUCUUGGUUUGGUGUAUGUGCCACUUGACCUGCGAAACCCGGAAGGGCGUCUGGCUGCAAUCAUCGCAGAUUGCAAACAUGCCGCCAUAAUUUGCCAAAAUGAGACGCUCGGGUUGGCACAAAAACUUACCCUAACAGUUGGGAAUACUCUGAUUACUUUGCUAAACACGUCAGAUGUCCCAACAGCGACAACAAGAGGCAACUCUCCGACCCAUUGCCUUGCUCAACCUCAUGCCCCUGGCUUUGCCAUAUAUACCAGUGGCUCAACUGGCACGCCCAAGGGAGUCUUGCUCACCCAUCAUUGCGUUUUAAAUCAGAUUUGGGGAAUUUCCAAGAUGUUUGAGAUUAAAAAGGAGAAUGUGCUCCAGCAAAGUUCUUUUGGGUUUGAUCUCUCCUUGGAACAAGUAUUCAUUGCCUUGGCAAAUGGCGGUACUCUUAUUGUGGCUUCCAAGGAAGCUAGAGGCAACGCGCUGGAGAUUGCAAAUCUCAUACUCUCAGAAAACAUCACAUACACUGUAUUUGUUCCUUCCGAGUAUUUGCAUCUUCUGCAUUAUACUUCCAAUAUCCUCAAAGCGUGCUCAUCUUGGAAAUUCGCAUUCUCUGGAGGUGAAAAGGUUACGGCUCAGCUACGUCGAGGGUUCAAAAAGUUGGAUCUUCCAAAUCUGCGUCUCAUCAAUCUCUAUGGACCCGCAGAAGCCAGUCUCUCUUGUACACGAUAUGAGAUUCCAUACAGGACGGAUAAGACAACGACAGCGAGUCCAGCUGGCUUUGUAAUGCCCAACUAUACGGUCAUUGUGGUUGAUCAAAUUGGAAGCCCGCUACCUUUUGGCUUCCCCGGAGAGAUUUGCAUUGCAGGUGCCGGCAACUCAAUUGGAUACGUCAACCAGCCUCAGGAGACAGCAUCAAAAUUCACUCCAGAUCGUGUUUCUCCUGUAGAAGACAUCAACCGGGGAUGGAACACUCUCUAUCACACGGGGGACAAGGGCCGAAUGCUAGACAAUGGCCUUUUGGAGUUUAUUGGGCGGCUAGACGGAGACUCGCAGGUCAAAAUCCGCGGCAUGCGCAUUGAAAUGGAUGAAAUAGCCAAGACUAUAGUGGAUGCUUCACAAGGAGUUGUUGACGAUGCUUCCGUGUCUCUUCGUGGUUCGGAUCUGCUUGUCGCAUAUGUUGUGUUCUCAGACGGCUUCGCGGGAGAUACAAACUUGGCCGUGGAGAGAAUUCGGAACGAUCUGCCGUUACCGUCUUACAUGUGUCCAGCACAUAUCAUUGCUAUUGAUGAAAUACCAAGGAACCCCAAUGGCAAAAAGGACAAAUCUAAGAUUGAUGCUCUUCCAAUUCCGGAUGCACUGGAAGUCAAAACGCAAACAGGAGACCUCAGCGAUUUCGAGAAAGCGGUAGUUGCCGUCUGGCGAGACGUUCUUCCCAAUACAAUGAAGCUUUCACAGUUCGGUUCAGAAACCAACUUCUUCUUUGUUGGUGGAAACUCACUUCUACUAUUGAAGCUUCAAGCAGAGUUGGAGAUGGCAUUCGGCCGCAAUUUAACACUCUCGGAAUUAUUCCAAGCGAGCACAAUUCGCGAAAUGGCUGCAAAAAUACAGGCCGUUUCCGAUAAGCCUCUUCGUCAGCAUAUUGACUGGAACAAGGAAAUCCGAUCCUUAUGUGAUGGCUUAUCACGCAGCGCUUUCACCAAGCCUGUGAAUGUUUCAUCAUCUAAGUCAGGGCUCUCCGUCGUCCUCACUGGCGCUACUGGAUUUUUAGGGCGAAACAUCCUCAAGUGUCUUGUCAAUGAUGAUCGAGUCAGCGAGGUUCAUUGCAUUGCCAUCCGACCAGAUGUCAAUGGGCUGCCACGGCAUGUAGACGUAUCUAGCCCCAAAAUUAUUGAAUACAGUGGUGAUCUUGCCGAUCACGACUUGGGCCUAUCGCCAGAACAGCUUGAAAGCAUCGCAUCUCGUGCCAAUGUCAUAGUUCACAAUGGCGCAGACGUUUCGUUCAUGAAAACAUAUCAGUCGCUGCGACGCUCCAAUGUCCUGUCAACACGACGCUUGGCCGAAAUUGCAGCUGCGGUAUCGAUCCCGUUCCACUUCGUAUCAACAGCUUCUGUUGCACACUUGUAUCCAGGGGAACAUUUAUCUGAAGUUCCUCUUGAAGCCCAAGCUGAUCUACCGGCCGAUGGCCAGCAAGGAUACGCGAUAUCGAAGUGGGUUAGCGAGGCACUUUUGGAGUAUCUCGCAGACAACCACGAUCUCCAAAGCUGUGUGCAUCGACCUACCAGCAUUAUCGGAGAUGGCGCGCCCGACACAGAUAUCAUUGCUUCACUACAUACCUAUUCUGAGAUUCUUGGUUCAGUGCCCAAACUAUCAGGAGUCAUUACUGGAAAUUUGGAUUUUGUGGACGUUCAAAAUGUGGCAAAGGAAAUUGCUACUCAAGCUCUCGCGUCAACAAGUGCGAAUCAAAUGGACCCAUCGCCAAAGACUUUUUACAUCAAUCAUUGUAACGAAGAGAAAGUGUCCAUUCCAAAUCUGAAGGAAUAUAUGGAGAAGGCCAAAGGAAAGCUGUUUAGCGAGCUAGAGUUGAAUGAUUGGUUGCAAAAAGCGCGCGAGGCUGGGCUUAAUGAGCUGAUUUGUGUGUAUUUGAAGAAUAUGGUUGACAAGAAGGAGCCUCUGUAUCUACCAUCGCUUGUAAAAGGCAAGGUUUGA